CUUUCUUCAUUGACCACCUAUGUCAAAGGUCUUGGGAUCAAAGACCUGGAGACUUGUGAGCAGACAUUUUCAAAGUCAAACUCCCUGGCCUUGGAUCCAUGGUAUACUAGUGUCUUCCACCAUCAGCAGGCUAUUGAUUCAUAUUUUGAGCAUAAUGACGAGCUUGAGAUAUAUGGGAACCUUACAAAUUUCUUGUACAAUAACUAUAAGCAAGCUCUUGAGAUUCUGGCAAAUGGCAAAACUGUCCCACCAAAGGUUAUGCAAGACCUCGGAGUUGAGGACAAGAGUGUUUUUGAAUGUUGGCCUGAACAAGAGAAAAUUUACCUUAAGGGUCUGGCACAAGAGCCCGAAGAAGAGACACUUCAGAUGGAAUACUGGCAGUCAUUAGUGAAUCUCAGUGCAAGCGGGUAA